UGAGUGUCAGCCGAACCAGAGAUAACUCAGGGAAGAGGAGAUACAUCUCUAACCUGUGGCGGGAAGGAAGACGAGAGGAAUUCACGCGCAGGAGUGUUCCAAACAACAGAAAGAUAUGUCCUCAUCAGUGCAACUCUUCAGAGAUCAGAAGUACCACGAGCUGAAAGGGCAGUGUAUCCAGCAGAGACGGCUCUUCGAAGAUCCCGAGUUUCCAGCCUCAGAUGAGUCCCUUUUCUAUCAAUCAGCGCCACCAAGGAAAGUUGAAUGGAAGCGCCCAAAGGACCUCUGUGAAGACCCCCGCCUGUUUGUGAAUGGAAUCAGCUCCCAUGACUUACACCAAGGCACCCUGGGGAACUGCUGGUUUGUAGCUGCAUGCUCCUGCUUGGCUCUGAGGAAGACCCUGUGGCAGCAGGUUAUUCCAGACUUUAACGAACAAGAAUGGGACCCUAAAACCCCAGAGAAAUAUGCUGGGAUUUUCCGUUUCCGUUUCUGGUGCUUUGGAGAAUGGACAGAGGUGGUUGUUGAUGAUCUGCUGCCAACAAUGGAUGGGAAGUUGAUCUACUGCCAUUCCAAUGUGGAAAACGAAUUCUGGAGCGCAUUAUUGGAGAAAGCUUAUGCAAAGCUGGCUGGAUCUUAUGAAGCCCUAGAUGGAGGUAGCGCUGCAGAUGCAAUUGUGGAUUUCACUGGAGCAGUGGCAGAAUCUAUUGAUUUGGUACAGGGCAAAUAUGGUGAGAUUAUUUCUGAGCAGAUGAAGCUGUUUGAAGACUUGCUGAAAGUGCAUAAAAGAGGCGGGUUGAUCAGCUGUUCCAUUACGGCUUCCUCUGGCAGUGCUAAUGAAGUGGAGACAGAGAUGGGUCUUGUCAUCGGCCAUGCCUACUCAGUGACUGCAAUUCGGAAGCUGCGCCUUGGAGAAAGGCUUAUAUUCUCUUUUAAGGCAGAAAAGCUGUUCAUGAUCAGGCUGAGGAAUCCCUGGGGAAAAAGAGAGUGGAACGGCGCCUGGAGCGACAAUUCAGAGGAGUGGAAGAAAGUCAGCAAUUCAGAACGUAAGAGCUUGGGACUCACUCUUGAGAAUGAUGGAGAGUUCUGGAUGACGUUUGAGGACUGGUGUAAGAAUUUCACUGAUGUGGACAUCUGCCGGAUUGUGAAUACCUCCUACUUCAGUAUCCACAAGACCUGGGAGAAGAAAAUGAUGCUUGGGGCUUGGGCAAAGAAUUCAGAGCCCCUGCUAAAUCGCUCUGGCGGAUGCUUUGAUAACAAAGAGACCUUCCUUCAGAAUCCCCAGUACAUCUUUGAUGUUAAGAAGACUGAGGACAAAGUGUUGGUCUCAUUACAACAGGAGGAUCGCCGCAAAUACAAGAAAGAAGGGAAAGGAGACAGCAUCCCAAUUGGCUUUGAAAUAUUCAAGGUGGAGGAUAACAGAAGCUGUCGACUACACCAGCUCACUGUGCAGGAGAGAGUGGCCACAUCUCUGUACAUCAACACACGCACUGUGUUCUUGAAGAGGAUCCUUAAGCAAGGCCGCUACGUUCUUAUCCCAACUACGUAUCAUCCUGGCAUCGUUACGAAGUUUAUCCUGAGACUCUUCACAGAUGUACCAUCAAAACUCAAGGAGCUGAAGGCAGAUAGGCCUAAAAUGACAUGUUGGAGUCUUCUUUGCGGCUAUCCACGCAGAGUCACCCAAAUAAAAAUUUACUCUGCAGAGGGUUUACAGAAGCAAGACAGAUCAGGCGGAGCAGAUCCCUAUGUGCUUAUCAAGUGUGAGAACCAAAGCUUGCGCUCCCCUGUGCAACACGAUACGACCAGUGCCAUCUUCGACACACAAGUGAUUUUCUACAGAAAGAACAUCGACAGUCCUAUCAUUGUCCAGGUCUGGAACAGCAACAUCUUGUGUGACCAGUUCCUCGGACAGGCGGUGCUGGCAGCUUCACCCAGUGACCCCAGAGAAGAGCAGACUCUGCAGCUCCGAGGGAGAGGCAGCCGAGAAGCAGCCGAGGUGCCAGGUCACAUCACCGUCAAGGUUUUUUCCAGCGAUGACCUCGUGGAGCUAUGAAUACCAAAGCCCUGCAGAGCCAGACAGAGCUGUCACCUCGCAGCAGGGGGGCUUGUCUGUGCUUUCUGUGUGAAUGACUCGGGAGCAAAGGUUGCACAUAAUCAUAAUCGCUUUAAAAAGAAAAAGCCCUUUAACUCUCCACAUUAUCACGGAUAAUGGGGAGAGAGGCUUUUAAAGAGGGAAAAAUACAUAUUUAUACAUAUAUAUAUUCAUGACAUAGCAAAUACAGUAGAAGAGCGGCCAAACUAAACGUUAGCAGAUAAGCUCAUUAAGAUGUGACCGUCUUCCCCAGCAGCAUCUUUCAGCAGCUCUCGGCACGUAAGCUGGAAGCAUACGUGACUGUUCUCACAGGUUCUCAGCACAUCGUCAUCUGCUCUCAGCAGUGGGACUGGAUGCAGGCAGGAACGGCUGCAUCUCCAUGGUCACGUACCAGCAGGUUGGUGGGGUGGCAAGCACAAGGUGGCUUCGCAUGGCUCAGUCCUUGUUCACUGCCAGGCUGUAUUUGGGAGGGGGAUUUUUUUAAGCUUUGAUUGGAAUUUUUUUCCCCAUAUAGACAUAUAAAAUUCUCGAUGAAUUUCAUUGUUAUUGCUACAGAUCAGAUGUUUCUGUUCCUUGGCUAAAAUGUCAUUACUCAAGGAGUUCAGUCAUAGGUCACAGCCUUAAGACCAGGCAUGCCAGGGCAACAUUAAAAUAGAAGGGCAGGUCUUGCAGUGCCUAUUUGAACACCGCAGCAAAUAAGAGCUUUGCCCGCAUAAAGGCUCUCAGAUAGACUGACUUUCUUAUUCUUCUAUUCUCCACCUCAAGCUGUUGACUCACAAGUUGAUAUCUCUGGCCAAGAGAAGGGCACCUCACAAUUCAGCUGUGGUUUUGCUCAGAGGACAAAUUCAGUAGUGGGAGCCUCUUUGGUAAGGAGGCUUUGUUUAAUCCACAUGAUGCUAAAAAUGGAAUAACACUUCUUUUGCUUCAUUAGAUGUGAUGGGUAGCACCAGACUGAAAGAGGACAAAAUUAGCUCAUGCCAAGGAUGGGUUUGUAAAACAAAGAUGCUGUGCCCUGGCAGGUAUCAGGUUUCACUCUUGAAAUUUUGCAUCGGUUUAUUGCUGACAGAGCUGACGUCUUUGACAAAGUUUAACUUGGGUAUAAUGGAGGACAGGUAUCGUUUCACUUUUCCUUCAAAGCAGGGUUCCGGUACAAACUUUCUUUUAACUUUUGCAUAUAGCCCGACGGCAGGGUUUCCUCAUAGCAGACAUUUCCGUGUUGUCAAGCUGUGCAGUGAUUCUCGCGGUGUAAGAGGCUCACUGUGUUAGACCUCUCGGAAAUGGAUUUUAUAUGGCUGCAAAUUCUGGUCUUGAAAGUGAAGCUAAGGGAUGACUAUUCUGCCUUUUGUACAGCCAGGAAAUUUGGAUUUCUGUGUACCUCGUAACCACUUCAGCCAUUUUGUGCAAUUUUUAUAAUUUAUAAAAUGGCCCUCAGUAGAGUUAAUGUUUUCACAAAAGGUUUUGAAGUCUCCUCAGGGCUCCAAAAGGAUCAUUGCUGUGGUAGGAAAAUGCUUUCUCUGACAUGUUGGGGAUGGAAUGUAAGGCUACGAAUGAUAUUAUACUGCCAUCAGCUUAGUUGCACGUACCAAGUACCUAAAUCCAGCUCUCUUUUUAAAUAGCUUGGGCUCCAGCCAUUUUGCACGCAGAGCAUUUGUCAAAUGUGAACUACACGCGUUUGACAGCCCCACAGGCAAGCGUAAUUCUUCUCUGUAAACUCAUAGCUUCAGAGUUGCUUACUCUCAGAUAUGUUUGUAAACGGCAGGUUUUUUUAAAAAGCAUGAACUUUCUCAUACAGACCAGAGCUUGGGCAAGCCACACAGGGAACUACAACUCAGUCUGGGCUGUCCUAGCCCUGCACUAAGACCUGUUUGCUUCGCUUUUCCUCACACACUAUUUUAUGCCAUGGUAGCUGCUUCUCAGCAGCAUGGCACGAGGGGUGGGUGCAGCCCGUUGGCACAUCUUCACCAUACGGGUGGAGAGCACCAUGCUGGCGUUCCAGCAUGGUUAAAGCCCCGCACUGCAAUUCGUAGGGCAGCAAGGCGUGCAGGAGAGCACACUGAGGCAGAGCAGAAUAGGUCAUGUCAUAUAACCCCCUUUUCAGACAGACUUUUCUCCAGGGGCUGUUCCGUAUGAGAUGGGUGCAGUAAGGAGGGGUUGGCUUGGCCAGCUGAUUGAUUUGGGUCAGUGUUUAGCCUGAAGAAGGUUCCUCUCAGAGAUGGCCCCCAGCACGGCCAGGCUGCUUUCCCAUCUGCAAACUGAGGCAGCCGGCAGGAGACCGGAGGCUUCUGCCUCCCUGCCCCAGUAUUUGCCUGAUCCGAGAGCUUGCCUGAGCUCAUCGAGGGCACAAAGCCAUCUUGUCUCCUAGCUGGAGGGGGGGUCCCUUGGCUGUUUCCUUUGAGCCCCGCAGCCCUGGCCUCCAGCUCCCGGCACUGCCACCCCAUUUCAGCAUCUGUGUAAGGGUCGUCCCCAGCAUCAGCGGGGCAGAGGGAGCUUGACCAGCAAUUCUUUGUCGUGUACAGCCUGACAAGGAGGGAAGUCGGGGUGGAGUGGGUAAAGGUGAUGAUUUUUAGGUCUUGAUAAUUGUGUCAGCUCAAGACAUUCCCACAGUUUGUCCCCAUGGUAUGGGGACGGGGGGGCCCUUGAACACCAGCGCUGGCCAGGCUGGAAAUGGAGCUCUGUUGCUCUCUCAGCGUUGCCCUGAGGGUAUCGCAGUCCAGUGCUGGUAGCUGUGGAAGGCUCAGGCGUGCUGAGAUCAAGCAGAAUAUCUGUUCCUCUGCAUUUAUUCAUUUUUGGAAGUAGUUGGAGCCGGCAGGAUUUGCCCAUCAGCAGGAGCUGAUCCAACCUGGGAAUAAGACUGGCUGUGCUGCUUUACAGAGGCUUCUGGCUUCUCCUCCCGCCCAGGCAUGUGGGAGAUGGGAGCAAUCCCAGGUGAAGCCAAGGCAAGAGCAGGCUGAAAGGGGCUUGCACUGCUGCCUGCUCCCUGCAAGAGAGCCCAGGCUGGGCAGGGGACAGUGCCCACUGCUCUGCGGUCUCUUUCUCCUGUUGUACAUCUUGCCAUGCACUGAAAGCAAAGCCAGCUCCGUGGGUUUUUGGCUUACAGGGGAGGUACAUGUGAUAUAUUUGACAUGAUAAGAGGACUGCCUUUUCAGACAGACACAGGAAUUUAAGAUCAAAUGUUACCAGAUCUGGGCAGUAUUUUUUAACAAUUAAUGAUAACUUGUGGGAAAACAAAGGGUUUUUUUGUGGGGGACUGCAUUUAUGUACGCACUUGGGCCACCUUCAGCAGAGAGUUUUGGCCCCCAAAAAUUAAAACAGAGGGAAAUAGUUGGACAAUGUUUAAUUUCAACCUUUCUUUACUUUUCAAUAUAAAGUGACCUAAA